AUGAACAGUUUAUCUUUAACUCAGUUCAUAUCUAAUAUCCAAAAACAUAAAUGGGUAAUAUUUGAAAAUGAUUUAAGUAUAGUCAAGGUUGGGUCAAAAUUUGAAGAUCUUUGUUCAAGUUUUAGAGUCAAUUUAUGUUUAAAUAUUUUAAUCCAAGAGGCAUCUUAUAAACCAAAGAUUUUACAAAAAGAAAAUAACAAGGUUUUUAUUGACCCAAAUGAACAAUCAUUCAUAUUGGCUUAUUAUGAAGGCCCAAAUUCAAAGCCAUUUGAAAAGCUUCAUUUUCAAGAUUCAUAUUUUAAUUUAGUUAAAAUGUUAUCCAACAAAAUUAAAAUUAAAAAUGUUUUUUGUUUUUGUUUAAACUACAAAGAUGAGUUUACAUUCCAACAACAUUUAAAGAAGUAUUCAUUUAAGCAAAUGUUUCAAAAUUUCAGGGACCACUCUCAAAAGAAUGAAAAGAGUUUAUCAGAUUUAUUAAAAAGUGUCAAUUCCAACCAAUGGGUAUUAUUUAAAACAUCAUCAAACUAUUUAAUCAACUAUUGCAUUGGUAUCAAUAAUGGAGAAUUAAAAGAAACAAUGAAGCCCAACGAAACCAGUUUAAUCGUUUUCAAAAAAAAUGAUAAAGAUAUUUUAUUUAUAAUUUGUGAAGGUAAUAAAACUAGAGCUAUUGAAAAAAACAGAUGUACUUUGUUAUCUCACUUUUUAUAUUUAAAUUUAAAUUCUGAUUCAAAAAACAAUGUUGAAUUAGUAAGAAUUACUUCACAGGACCAAAUGAAUCGUAUAGAAGAAAUUUUAAAUUCAAGUUCAUAUCAUGAUGGAUAUAAUAAUAUUUUUGGUGAAGAGAAUAUUGAAAAGCCUUUGGGUCGUGGUUCCUCUUCAGUUCCAUUAAUAUCACCAGCUUAUUCAGUUAAAUCCUCAGCUGAAAAUUCUCCUUCAUUUUUUAUCAAAAAAAGAGUAUCACCCCAUUCAUCAUCUCCAAUGUUUGCACAAAUCAAUGGUUCACCAAGAGUAAGAACACCAAAAUUAGAAAAAAAGGUUGCUAAUGUUCCGAUCCCAGCUUGCCCUGACCAAAAAACAAACAGUAUUAAUAAUGAUAAUGGAGUAAAUAAUCAAAACAAUAAUAACAGUAAUCAAUCAUCACCAAGUAAUAAUGAAAGGGAAGUUUUAAUCAAAUCAAAUUCCAUAGUUCUUCCACUAAGUCCAACAAGCAAUAUAGUUGAAAACUAUAAUAAUCAAAGAGGUGAUGAAAUAAGCAAAAUCAAUGAUGUCUUUUAUAUUGACCCAAAGAAUAUUUUCAAUUCAUUUGACGAAUUUAACAAGAGAACAAUUAAUUGGAUUUUACUUGGCUAUGACGGUAAAAAUUUAAGAUUAUAUGCCAAAGGUAAUAAUGGUUUGCCAGAAAUGAAAAAGCAUCUUGAUGAAAAGCUUACACUUUAUGGAGUUGUAGGUAUAACUUAUUCAGACUCCAGAGUUCCAAAGAUUUCAAAUACUCCAAACACAUCAAACCUUAGACCAUCAUCCCCAAUCCCAGGAUCCCAAUACAAGUGUUUAUUCAUUCAAUGGUUAGGUUUAAGAUCAAGCGCAAAACAAAAAGCAAUGAGAAACAGUCAUUUCUGUGCAGUUUCAUUAUUAUUUAAACAAAAGGUUUCAAUCCAUAGCGAAUAUGAAGUAGAUGAAGUUGAGGAUCUUUCAAAUGAUGCCGUUCUUCAAAAACUAAUCACCUUCAGAGAUGAUAUUAAAUUUAAAGAAGUAGUAAAUUGUUUACCCAGCUCAAACCAAAUUACAGAAGCUGUAAAGGCAUAA